GGAGCCGCGUACACUGAGUUGCGCUCCAUGAAUUGCAGCGCUAUGUCGACGUCUUUCGGCCAGAGUAUUUUAUCAGUGUUUGAUGUCUGGGAGGACUCGCUAGCAUUUCUUUCUGAAAUACUAGAGUCUAGAGAGGCGCCAACCGAUGAAAUACAAAGUCUCUUUGACCAGAGCCUCGCUGGAGGUGCAGAGGACUGGCAUUGCCUGAUCGACUGUGCACGGUCAAUGCGAUGCAUGCAUGAUCACGAUCCUGACAGCCUUAACGGCAGCGACAUCCUAACUUUUGUUUGUGAGAUACUCAAUGGACGCCACGGAGAGCCAUCCCCUCCCGAGGCUUGGGGAGAGACGGAUCGCCUGAUUGCGCUCGCGAAAGACUUGGAGAGAGAUGUUGAGAUCUUACCACCCUCGUAUCCUGCUUCGCAGCAAGCUCAGGAGAUUGAAUCAAGAAGACCACGCGUCAAAAAAACGCGACUAGGAGUAACAUCUCAUUACUGGGCUGACAGGCCUUCGACCCAAAGUGGCAGCAUAAAGAGCGAGCAGAGCACGCGUUUGGACCGUUCUGUACCUGGAUCCGGCUAUCGCCAAUGCAGCCAAGCACGAUUACACGAGGAGGCCAUCCAUCCGGGCACGAGUACUUUCAUUGACGCUGUUGGUUUUGACGACCCACCUUCAAAUAUCGUGGCGUCACUCGACUGUCCCCGCUUGAAUAACCUAAGGUACUCUCAUACCUUAUGGAAAUCAGAGGAUGAGAGGAAACCACCAAGAAGCCAACGCUCUGCUGAAUCACCAUACUUCUCGCAGAAACCGUCAGCAAGCAACAGUCCAUCAAAAACACGGCCGCCACCGGGUACUAUUUCAUGUAUUCCGUUUCCUCCUCUUGAUUCAUCGUCGUUUGGGAUAAUUCAAGAGGAGCUGGCCCAUGACCCAUUUUGGUUACUCAUCGCAAUCACGUUUCUGAUCAAGACGAACGGGAAACUAGCUCUGCCUGUUUUUCGUCAGGUGAGAGAGCGAUUUCCUAUGCCGGCUGAGCUAUUAGAUCCGUCCAUCGAAGGAGAGCUCCUUGACAUGAUACGCCACCUGGGCCUUCCCAACGUGCGGCUAGCAUAUAUCCAAAGGUAUGCAAAGGCAUUUAUAGAAAACCCUCCCAAGGCUGGCGUACGGCAUAGAGUGAGGAACUAUGACAAACGUGCUAUCAGUCCUCUGUGGAGAGAUACCAGCAGCGGCGACUGUGAAGAUCCGGAGAGGUCGCAUCCACUACCUGAUGGCGACAAUCAGGAUCUCGAAACAUGGGAGAUUGGACAUAUGACUCAGGGCAAGUAUGCCAUCGACAGCUGGCGCAUAUUUUGUCGCGACGAGUUGCUGGGUCGAGCCGAAGACUGGAACGGGAAAGGCCGGGAGCCGGAGUUUCAACCUGAAUGGAUGAGAGUGAAACCAAGCGACAAGGAGCUCCGAGCCUGUCUACGAUGGAUGUGGAUGCGCGAAGGCUGGGAAUGGGACCCAGCGACGGGAGAACGCACGGUAUUGAGGGAGGAGAUGCGAAGGGCUGUGAACGAAGGGAGGGUUGAGUAUGAUGAUACUGGCGCACUGAGAAUAUUGGCCGAGUCGAGCGAUGAAGAUGUCAUGGAGAUGGCAUGAAGAAAGCAGGAGGAAUCUAACAGCAAGUUUAUAAGCGUAUAUUAAUCGGAGAGAGAAGAUAUGGGAUGAACCAUUUAAGCACUUUGAUUAGAUGGAUGUCACAUAGACGCAUGUUGGAGAUAGACAUUUGUUAGUCUUGGCAUUUGGAUAAUUCGCGUUAUCAAAGGACAGAGAAUAACUGUAGAUACAUAUGUAAGUGAAGCGCCGAAUUUUCCCCGGCUAUGAAUGACAAGAAGAGUGACAAACUCACGUCAUUAAUCAUGCAGAGAAGAUAAG